AUGUCGCAGAAGUGGUCGCGGCUGAUAAGGUUCAUCUCCAACAACGGAAAGGUGUACACUGGAGAUGCGCUACUUGUGGGCGAGGAAACGAACGUGAAUAAUGCGCGCCAUGCUCGGGUCAUUAUAGGCAACCCGUUUGGCUCCUACACUCUGGGCAAAAUCCGAGUCGUUCACGAACUGCUGGCGCCCAUGACGCUUGACCAGGUGCGCACAAUUCGCUGUCUUGGGCUGAACUACCGCACGCACGCCCAUGAGGCCGGGAUGAAAGAGCCAGAGUACCCUGUGUUGUUCUACAAGCCUCCCACGGCAGUGGGGGGUCCCCGAGACCACAUUCCUGUGCCGCCAAUGGCUCAGAUUGAGGGAACCAUUGACUACGAAGCCGAGCUCGUGGCGGUGAUUGGCCGGCAGUGUCGUUAUGUCACCGAAAGUCAGGCCCUGGAAUACGUCGCGGGGUACACGGUCGGCAAUGAUGUGUCGCAGCGCGAAUGGCAGAUCAAGCGGGGUGGCAGCCAAUGGAACGUCGGCAAAAUGUUCGACGGCUGGGCUCCGAUUGGGCCUGCGAUUGUCGCGGCAAACCUGCUUGACCCCGUGAACCUGAAGAUCUCGUCAUCUGUCAAUGGCGAGCUCCGUCAAUCAGACAGCACAAGUAACAUGAUUUUCGGGGUCGCGAAAACUAUCUCCUGGCUCAGCCAGGGUUGCACUCUGAUGCCUGGCGAUCUGAUUUUCUUCGGCACUCCUGCCGGCGUCGGCAUGGGCUUCAAACCGCCCAGAUGGCUGGCAAACAAGGACGUGGUCGAAUGCUCAAUUGAGGGUAUUGGCACGAUUCGCAACCGCGUGCACUUCCAGGACGCUCCGCCGCCUGAGCCGGUCACUUUGCCGCCGUUUUCAAAGAAGACCAGCCGCAGCCGCAAACUUCUAAGUAAGUUUUGA